UUAAAAUAUUGAAUAAAAUAGGAAACAAGUGACAUGCAUUUCGACUAUUGUAAUGGUGCAUUUUAUUUUUAUUACACGGUUGAAUCGCUCAUCACCCAUAUCGUACAUCACGAAUAUUUUUAUUUUAAUUAGCAGUCACAUCGAUCACAAUAAAGAAACGUUUUGUUCUCAAACAUUAACGAUCGAUCCAAUCCGAUAUCAUGCUUGAGCAGAAGCAGCGAAGAGAGGAUGAUUGUGAUUGUGGCCGCCAUCCACAAUCAAGUUGAGCCCACUCACAUACUUGGCAUCGUCGCUCGCCAGAUACAGCGCCGCCCUGGCAACAUCCUCCGGCUCCAACACCGCCCCUCUCAGGUUCCCCGCCGCCGACAUAAACUCCUCGGCGGCCCUCUUAUCCAUCUGCAUGCCACGCGUCACCAUGGGAGUGGCCACCCCGUAGGGCGAGACAGUGUUGACCCGAAUCGCAUACUUGCCCAUCUCCACCGUCAGAUUAUUCGCCAGCCCCAGCAUCGCGUGCUUCGACGCCUUGUACGCAUACGACAGAUCCCCGCUGAUCGACGACGCCACGCUCCCGGUGAACAGGAUGCAGCCUUUCCUCGCCGGGAUCAUCACCCUGGCGGCGUGCUUGGCCCCGAGGAAGGAUCCGAACAGGUUGAUUUCGAGAACCUUGUGGAAGUCGGCGUUGUCGGAGUUCAAGAUGGUGGUGUCGAGGUUGCCCCCGAUUCCGGCGUUGUUGUACAUGAUGUCUAGC